AUGGAUACUUUAGAACCUACGCUGCAAAAUGUGAUCAAUCAGAUGACAUUGAAAUGGAUUUUUGUGGGUGGUAAAGGUGGUGUGGGUAAGACAACAUGCAGUUGUUCAUUGGCUAUUCAGUUAGCACAAGUACGACGAAGUGUGCUUUUAAUUUCCACUGAUCCUGCACACAAUAUAUCGGAUGCUUUUGCACAAAAAUUCAGCAAAACUCCAAGCGCCGUAAAUGGUUUCAAUAAUUUGUAUGCAAUGGAGAUUGAAGCGAGCUUCGGAAAUGAUACUCAAGUAGUGAAUCCUGGAAUAGAGAACAAUGAAGGAGACAUGAUGAGUCUUGGGCGGCAAGUAUUGCAAGAAAUGGUUGGUGGUCUUCCGGGUAUCGACGAAGCAAUGAGCUUUUCGCAAAUGAUGAAAUUGAUACAAUCAAUGGACUUUGAUGUGGUUGUUUUUGACACAGCUCCAACAGGUCACACUUUAAGAUUAUUACAGUUCCCAACGCUUAUCGAAAAUAGUUUGGGCAAACUUAUCGGUCUGCAGAGUUCAUUUGCUCCUCUAAUGACACAAAUGGGUGGAAUGUUAGGUCUUGGUGAAAUCUCAGCGGAUGAUACGACAAAUAAACUUAAGGAGACUUUGGACGUAGUGAGGAGGAUAAACUCUCAGUUCAAAGAUCCGGACCUCACUACCUUCGUUUGUGUAUGCAUUGCUGAAUUUUUGUCUCUCUAUGAAACGGAACGCCUUAUUCAAGAAUUAACGAAACAGGACAUCGAUACGCACAAUAUUAUCGUUAAUCAAUUACUAUUUCCGGAAGAAGAUGAAAGUGGUUGUAUAAAAUGUAAGAAAUGUUCGGCAAGAUACGAUAUACAGAAGAAAUAUUUGGAACAGAUUGCUGAUCUUUAUGAAGACUUUAAUGUAACUAAACUGCCACUACUUGAAACCGAAGUUCGUGGUCCCGAACAGCUGCGCAGUUUCAGUCGCUAUUUAGUUGUCCCAUAUGAUUCAAACGCUAAUUCCGUUAAUGAUUUAAUGACUCGCUAA